AUGUUUAAAAGGGCAUUCUCACAAGUUUCAAAACGUAGUUUCCAAAAAGAUAUAAUCUAUAAAUCAGUAGUAGCACCUUCAACUGGUGUUUCACCAGUAAGACCAGCUAGUCCAUCAGUAUCUCCAAUUACUGUUAAACCACAUCAAACUGCCAAUUCCUCUAAUGGGGCCACUUUCAAAACAUUUGCUGAAUAUAGAUUGAAAGUGACUAACCAAUCCCCCUUGGCUGUUCGAUCAAAAACAUUUAAUGAAAAUUUAAGACAAGUUCACCACUCGUGA